AUGGCGGCCGCCGGAGGGGGCUGGUGCUUGUGCGAGUUUUUGAGGUUUUUUUAUUCUUUACUCUUCCCUGGGCUAAUUGUAUGUGCAACUUUAUGUGUAUGUUUGAUCAUUAUCCUUUGGAGAAUAAAACUGCUGCUUCAGAGAAAGAAACAAUCAGCAUCAGUUAGCAAAAAUGGUAAAGAGCAAAUGGUGAUUGCAUUUUUUCAUCCAUACUGCAAUGCUGGUGGAGGAGGAGAAAGAGUUUUAUGGUGUGCUUUAAGGGCCCUGCAGAAAAAAUAUCCGGAAGCCAUUUACGUUGUCUAUACUGGUGAUACUAAUGUCAGUGGCCCACAGAUACUGGAAAGUGCAGUCAGAAGAUUUAACAUCAGAUUGACUCACCCAGUGAAGUUUGUUUUCUUAAGAAAACGCUACCUUGUGGAAGAUUCACUCUAUCCACACUUCACACUGCUGGGCCAAAGUCUAGGAUCCAUUUUUCUUGGCUGGGAAGCUCUGAUGCAGUGUGUUCCUGAUGUGUACAUCGAUUCAAUGGGCUAUGCUUUCACACUUCCUCUGUUUAAGUAUUUAGGGGGUUGCCAUGUGGGAAGCUAUGUUCAUUACCCCACCAUCAGCACUGACAUGCUCUCUGUAGUGAAGAAUCAAAAUGUUGGAUUUAAUAAUGCAGCCUUCAUUACUAAGAAUCCUUUGCUCAGCAAACUGAAGCUCAUCUAUUACUAUCUAUUUGCUUUUAUUUAUGGACUGGUUGGUUCUUGCAGUGAUGUAGUCAUGGUCAAUUCUUCCUGGACACUGAACCAUAUUCUUUCAUUGUGGAAGGUUGGGAAUUGCACUAAUAUUGUUUAUCCACCUUGUGAUGUGCAGACAUUUCUGGACAUUCCCUUAUGUGAGAAAAAGAUGACCCCGGGACAUUCACUGGUUUCUGUUGGCCAGUUUAGGCCUGAGAAGAAUCAUCCUUUACAGAUCAAAGCCUUCGCCAAAUUGCUGAAAAACAGGGCAGCUGAGACUCUUCCUUCACUUAAACUUGUCCUCAUUGGAGGUUGCCGUAACGAAGAUGAUGAACUUAGGGUAAACCAACUUAGAAAGCUUUCUGAGGACCUAGGAGUUGAAGAAUAUGUGGAUUUUAAAAUAAACAUUCCAUUCGACGAAUUAAAGAAGUACUUAGCUGAAGCAACAAUUGGCCUGCAUACUAUGUGGAAUGAGCAUUUUGGGAUUGGAGUUGUGGAAUGUAUGGCAGCUGGCACAAUCAUUCUUGCACACAAUUCAGGGGGCCCGAAGCUUGACAUCGUGGUACCUCACGAAGGAGAGAUCACUGGAUUUCUGGCUGAAAGUGAAGAAGGCUAUGCUGAGACAAUGGCUCAUAUUCUUUCCAUGUCUUCAGAAAAGAGACUCCAAAUCAGAAAUAACGCUCGUGCAUCUGUGAGCAGGUUCUCUGACCAAGAGUUUGAAGUAGCAUUCUUGUCGUCAGUGGAGCAGUUACUUAAAUAAUGCUAUGUGUGGGUAUAAAUUAAAGAUAUUUUAUAUAAAAUGGUAAACUCCUUUAAAUGUUAAUAUUUUUUCUAAACUCAUUCCCUCUUGUAAUAAAAUCAGCCUAAUCACUGUUCUCAACCAUAUGUGUUAUAGGCAAGGUGUGGAUUACAAUGAAAUGGCAGAAUUAUCUAGAUGACAAAGUAAUUAAUUGCAUGGUUUAAAGGUAAAAAAAUUAGAUUUUUUUUAACGUUUCAAAUUUUGAAAAAUAAAGAGCUGGAAAAAUUAGCAAUCUUAAUUUUGGUAUAAUCCUUUUUUCUCAAAUUCUAGUUGCCAAAUCACCCCACUUUAGAAACCAGGAGAUGGAAAGGAAAUGGAUAACUGAUUAGUAGCUCAGAUUAUAUUUCUGUAAUAGAAGAUUUCAAGUAUAUUUAAGUUCAUAACAAUAUUGUAGGUGACCUUUUGGAAUGUACCCAUUGAUUUUCUUAAAAGGAACUUUAAAACAGGCUUAAUCAUGACCUCAAAUCAUACAGUUAAAAGGCAGACAGAUAACGAUUGCUUGUGGGUGCAUGUGUAUAUGUGGGUGUGUAGAGGGCAAGGUGCUGCCAGUGACCCUUUCCAUAAUGAGAUAUUUGUGAAAAUGGGUUUUUGUGUGGGCUAUCAGUAUAUUUGCAUACAUUUCAAAUUAUCCCUUAGUAUAUCAUUGUCGAGAAUGGAAUUCAGCUUUAACUCAUUCAGGAAGGGAAAAUAUCACAAUAAAUUGUUUUCCUGAUAGUGAUAAUAUAAUUAAUCAGACCCUCAGUGUGGUCUGUCUUAAUAGCAUCAUGCCUUAAUAUGGAAAAGUGGUAUUUUGGAAAGAGCACUGGAUUAGCGAUUAGAAUAUGUGGGCCUGACCCUCAGCUUAAUUUUUUACAACUGACCUUUUGACAUGCUGUUUCUUAAUUUCUCAAGUCUCAGAUUCUUCAUCUGUAAUCUGAAAAUAGUAACACUUGUCAUCACUGCCUUUCAGAGUUAUGGUACUAAUUUAGAAAGUAUGUGAAACAAUCUUGAAAUUUCAAAAAGCUACUUAAAAAGCUUUUAAAGCUAACAAUAAUAUGGUCAGUGUCUUCUUCAGUCCUGUUUUUAUUAAUGCAUUACUAUUCUAUGUAGUUCUUGGUACUAAGCCAGUAGCUAGUAAUCAACAUGAAUUUGACAAGACUUAAAUCCUAAGUAACUGGUAAUCAUUGGAAAAGUGAGUAUCUAUAUGUGCAAAUAAGGCUUUAGAGCUUUACAGGUUUUGGCAUUUUUUGCACACCUAAUCAUGCCCUUCUAUUCAGUGAUCUGACCUCCUUGACAGUCUGCUACAUCUUCAUAUUAGGGCCAUAUCUAAGAGAUAUAUUUUUCUGUUUUCAGUCUUUUCUCACCCAUUCAUCAACUCAGCCCGCUUUAUUCUCUACUGCCAGUUCAACUUUUGACUCUACAGGCCCGCUUCUGUCAUCUGCUCAAAAAGCAGCAAGACAGUGUCAGGAUGCAAAGGAAAGAAAGACUGGUGGAAAUGAGCUGAAAGGGAGUCUACCAAUUCUCUUGUCUGGUUUUCUCUCAAUUUUAAUUUUAUAAUAGACAA